AUGUGGGAGCGCGGCAGGCCGCCCCGCAAGCCCCGCCCGUCCCCGAUCCUCGUGCCGCCGCCCCCGUCGUCGCCGCCACCCCGCCUGAAUCUCCUCCUCCCGGGAUCCCUCCUCGCGCUCGCCGCGCGCGCCAUGCCGUCGCGCCGCCCCUCCCCGGUCCUCCUCCUACUCCUCACGCUCUCGCUCGCCCUCCUCUUCCUUAUCCUCUCCCCUUCCUCCCCCUCCGCCUCCGUCUUCUCCCGCUCCCUCAGCUCGGGCUCCGCUAUCGCCUCCUCAUCUCCGGCGUCAACCUCCGCCCCGCCUGCUCCCGUCAAGAUCUACCUGUACGACCUGCCCGCCAAGUUUACCUAUGGCGUCGUCCGGAGCUACACGGCUGCGCGUGCGCCGUCGGGCUCGGCGGACGCCGCGGCGGCUCUGCCCGACGAGCAGCUGCGCCUUGUUGUGAACCCCAUCCGCUCUCCGCCGGCAGCAAACGCCUCUGGGGCGGCGGCAGCGUACAGCGACGAGGCCAUGCAAGAGGAGCUGCUAGAGUGGCUGGAGCGGCAGCCUUACUGGCGGCGCCACAGGGGGAGGGAUCACGUUUUCAUCUGCCAGGACCCCAAUGCCCUGUACAGUGUGAUCGACCGGAUCAGCAAUGCCGUACUCCUGGUCUCUGAUUUCGGCAGGUUGCGCAGCGAUCAGGCAUCUCUCGUCAAGGAUGUCAUCCUGCCCUACUCACACCGAAUCAACUCCUUCAAGGGUGAGGUCGGGGUGGAUGGCCGGCCCUCAUUGCUGUUCUUCAUGGGCAAUAGGUACCGCAAGGAGAGACAGGACCUAUCCCUGGCUGCGAAUUGGAUGCCUCAAGUCCCCCAGAAGGGAGGGAAGGUUCGUGAUGCGCUUUUCCAGAUUCUUGAAAACGAGGAUGAUGUAACCAUAAAACAUGGAACUCAAUCAAGGGAGAGUCGUCGUGCAGCUAGACAAGGAAUGCACUCAUCUAAAUUUUGCCUCCAUCCUGCUGGAGAUACUCCCUCAGCAUGCAGAUUAUUUGAUGCACUUGUCAGUCUGUGUGUUCCUGUUAUAGUCAGUGAUUACAUUGAACUUCCAUUCGAAGAUAUUAUAGACUACAAUAAAAUAUCAAUAUUUGUUGGGACAAGCAAAGCAUUACAACCUGGAUACUUAACUUCAAUGCUUCGAAGAAUCAGUUCAGAGAGGAUUCUGGAGUACCAGAGGGAAAUAAAAAAGGUGAAACAUUACUUUGAGUACGAGGAUCCGAAUGGACCAGUGAAUGAGAUUUGGCGCCAAGUAUCUCUUAAAGCACCACUGAUAAAGUUGUUGAUUAACCGCAACAAACGGUUGCUUGAAAGAGGCACCAAUGGAACAGAUUGCUCGUGCAUUUGCUCUACAACUCCAACUGAGAUAACUGCAGCCAGUUAA